ACGGAGACUUGAAGUUCCUCCCGCCUGCCAGUAAGGAAGAAGAAGCUAGACGUCGAAGCUGAUCACAAUGGUGCAACGAAGGUUCCCACCAGUCUCCUCCGUUGCCACCAUGCCGUUUCUGCUGCUGCUCGCAUUCCUAACGUCGGCUAUCCAUGGACAAGCUGCAUCCCCGGAAGUGGGUACGGUCCAGAUCUUGGGUUUCAAGUAUGCAGGUGAUGGCUGCCCGCCAGGGUCUGCGGAGGGGGAAGUAUCAGAUGACGGACACGCAAUCACUGUGAUGUUCAGCAGGUACACUGCGUCGACAGACGCUGGCUUGGACGGUCGGAGGAAGACGUGCACGGUGACGGUCAAUCUGAGUUAUCCGCCAGGUUUCCGCUUCCACUUGGGGACGGUCACUACGCGAGGAUACGCCAAGCUGGACGCGGGCGUGACGGCGACCGCCCAGACCAGUUACUAUAUCGCCGGGGAACCAGGGACGGCUCGAGCCAAGCAUGUCAUCGACGGCCCUUUCGAUGGUGACUUCGAGUUCACGGACGAGUUCACGGACGAGUUCAAUGUGCUGCCGUACAGCAAGUGCAACGUCAUCAGAGACCUAAACCUCAGAUCCGAACUGCGGGCUGGUGCUGGACUCAUCACCGGGCGCAGUGACGAUCUCAGGCUGACGCAGGAGUUCUCCAUCAUCUGGGAGUCGUGCUAAGCUCCCGGCGGCGAUCCAACAUCGUCAGCUUUCGCGCUGGCCAGCGGUUUAGUUUGGCCAUUAUAGGCCAUACUCACACCAGGGAUUUCCUUGGCUGAAUGUGCAUGCGGUGAUGGAGUCCCAGUGUGGGUACGGCCCUCGAAUGGAUAGUCGAAGGAAUACCCGGAGGACUCAGAAGUAUCCCCUCACAGGCCUGCCCGAGGAACUGCAGAGAAGAGCGUGAGCUUAUUAUGGGGGACCAGGAGGGGGAAAGAAGAGGUGACACUGGCUCCGUAGGAUGGCCAAUGGAGUCUGUGUGAAAUGAGGAGGAUCCGUAGUGACUAUCUGUUUAUAUCAGGACAUCUCUUCUUGUCAAAAGUCUCCGAUUGCAUUUGUAAG